CCACCCCAGGAAGAGGGAGAAUACCCCCAAUGCAUUGAGCAGCAGUAAUAGGAGAGGUAUUCAGAAGACUGACUUCCCAGAACCACAUCCAGAGGUCGAACUGGUCUCCAGUCUGGAACACCAGCUAAAGCCCCAACUCCAUACAGCCACAACUCCAACCAGCCCCAACUCCAUACAGCCACAACUCCAACCAGCCCCAACUCCAACCAGCCCCAACUCCAUACAGCCACAACUCCAACCAGCCCCAACUCCAACCUGCCCAUCUCCAUACAGCCCCAACUCCAUACAGCCCCAACUCCAUACAGCCACAACUCCAACCAGCCCCAACUCCAUACAGCCCCAACUCCAUACAGCCACAACUCCAACCAGCCCCAACUCCAACCAGCCCCAACUCCAACCAGCCCCAACUCCAACCAGCCCCAACUCCAUACAGACCCAACUCCAACCAGCCCCAACUCCAUACAGCCCCAACUCCAACCAGCCCCAACCCCAUACAGCCCCAACUCCAACCAGCCCCAACCCCAUACAGCCCCAACUCCAACCAGCCCCAACUCCAUACAGCCCCAACUCCAACCAGCCCCAACCCAACCAGCCCCAACCCAUACAGCCACAACCCAUACAGCCACAACUCCAACCAGCCCCAACUCCAUACAGCCCCAACUCCAACCAGCCCCAACUCCAACCAGCCCCAACUCCAUACAGCCCCAACUCCAUACAGACCCAACUCCAACCAGCCCCAACUCCAACAGACCCAACUCCAACCAGCCCCAACUCCAACCAGCCCCAACUCCAACCAGCCCCAACUCCAACUAGCCCCAACUCCAACUAG